AUGCCGAAAUCCGCUCGAAAGCCUGCCAGUAAUGGAGUUGGCAAAGGGGAUCCUUACGCCGGCGCUGCGGCGCGCAAGAGCAAAGCCGCGAACAAUAUCUUCAAGAUGAACACAGACAUCGGUCAGCACAUUUUGAAGAACCCCGGCGUAGCGCAAGCGAUCGUGGACAAAGCAGAUGUCAAGCAGAGCGAUAUUGUGCUGGAAGUCGGUCCAGGAACGGGAAACUUGACGACUCGCAUACUGGAGAAAGCAAAGAAGGUCAUCUGCGUGGAACAAGAUCCUCGCAUGGCGGCUGAAAUCACCAAGCGAUUCCAGGGCACACCUGCUGCGAAACGACUAGAGCUGAUCCUCGGAGAUGUGAUCAAGAUGCCUGAACUCCCAUACUUCGACGUCUGCAUCUCCAACACUCCAUACCAAAUUUCCUCGCCUCUUACAUUCAAACUCCUGGCCACGAGCCCCGCUCCUCGAUCCUGCGUACUCAUGUUUCAGCGCGAAUUCGCCAUGCGACUAUUUGCGAAACCCGGGGACAAGCUGUACAGUCGACUGUCGGUCAACUGUCAGAUGUGGGCGAAGGUGGAUCAUGUCAUGAAGGUGGGCAAGAACAACUUCAAUCCGCCUCCACAGGUGGAGAGCAACGUGGUGCGGAUAUGUCCGAAGAACCCGAGGCCGCAGAUCAGCUACGACGAAUGGGACGGACUGCUACGAGUGUGCUUUGUGCGGAAGAACAGAGUGCUGAGGAGUGCGUUCAUUGGGACAACGAGUGUGAUGGCAAUGUUGGAGUCGAAUUACAGGACGUUUUGCGCGCAGAACGAGAUUCCUCUGGACGAUUCGCCGAUCGAAGGAAAGGUUUCUGAGCUGGUCCGGGCAAAGGUCAUGAAGGUCUUGGAGACGGACACCGAACUGGCAGAUAAGCGCUCAAGAAUGUGCGACGAGGGAGACUUCUUGAAAUUGCUGUAUGCUUUCAACCAAGAGGGCAUACAUUUUGCUUGA